CAAUUCAGUCGUAGCUUACACCUGAUCAAGACAAGAGGUGCGUCCGCGCGUCCCAAAAAUAACGUAAAUUUUUAAUAUCCGACCAUUUGACGACCAAAAAUUUAAAUUCCGAUCGAUUUUUAAAUGUGUUUUGUAUGUGCUAGUGUAGUAUACGUCGCUGUACGGUGACGUUGUUGUGGAUAUUUAACGUUGUGUAUUAAAGUUUUUGAAGUGUUCCCGUGUCGAGUAUUUAGUGCGAUACUGCUGAGUUUUCUUCCUAAAAAAGAAGCGGUAUGGCAUGAGCGGCUGGGUGGGCGCGACAUGCGGCGCGCGCCGCCCGCGCAAUCCGCCGCCGUCGCUCUCGCGCUAUCGCUUCUGCUGCGUCUCGUCAACGCUGGUUCAAUGGGACCCGGUGUGCCAGAGAAUAUCACAGUGACGUUCCUCAACCCAACAACAGUGAAGGUGUCGUGGUCCACCACGGCAGACCUGGUGGAGAAGUACGAUGUCACCUAUAAACCUUCGGACGCCAGUUACAGAGUGGUAUUGGAGGUCGCUGGCAAUUCGGACGCCGUCAUAUUGAGUGGACUGGAGGCUGACACACAGUAUCAAGUGACUGUCGCCGCUCUGUGGGGCGGCCAUAAGUAUAGGAGCAGGCCUAUUGUCUUCCGCACCCUGGAGCCCCCGCGGACGUCGCCGCAACAGGACGGCGCGCUGGGAGGGGCCACGCCCCGCUCAUCUGUCGCGCCACCUGAUCCUUCACCAACUUUCCCUACGAUAAGGGGCGUGGAGAUAGGCAUCGUAGUGUUAGUUCUGAUAGUGUGGAUCGGAGCUAUUGCACUCUUCUUCAACCGAUGGGGCAAGAUCCGGAUGCUACUGCCCUAUCAGCCAGAUUACAAGCAGGAACAGUUAAAGGUGCCUGGAAGCAGUGCAUUGGCAGCAGCUACCGCAGGAGGGACCUGCGGUGCACAUUCAGCACCGUCGGCGUGUUCGCAUAUGCGCUGGUCCCACACCCACACACAAAGCUUGGAGUGUGAGGAGCACCUACUGGCCCGGUGCAAUCGACCCCGAGUCAACUCGGCCAUAUUCGUAUCUGCUGAACCCACAGGGUUUGCUGGGUUCGAUGCGGGCGAGUUUUUGAGACGACAUGGUUCACAAUCGAAACUAUGUCGCAAAGCUAGGUCAGCAGACAAUAUUCCGCUCACAACAAUGAGCGACUCGUCAGAACGCCUCUGCACCGCUAAACCACCCAGGGAAGAGACUAUAAGCGAGGAAGCCAAAUCCGACGACAGCGGUAGUGUGGAGACUGUGAAACAUUUUGGACUACCUAUCUUGUCAGUCUCCGGUCCGUCACCUCCCGACGAGGACUACGAUCAAAUAGAUGAGUAUCUGUAGCAUUUCCAUACCGGUUUUCAGCUCAAAUAUGUGCUGGAAAAAAUGAGGCCUCCGUGGCCUAGUCCCGCACCAAGCCCUUGAGCUGAUCCGUGGCUAAUCCCCUGAACUAUUUUUGGAGUCUUGUUUGAGUGAUACGGAACAGUGUUACAACGAAUUUCUAAAACUCUCACGUGAAAUUCUCAUCUGUAGCUAUUCUAAUGUGUGUCUUGAAGAGGGACCAUAGUCUUUUUAGGUACGUACGGUGUGAUUAAUUUACCCUUGAUGUGUAUAUUUUUGUAAUUAUCCUAUCCUCUCUCUAUUGAGUAUUAAGAUAUCGGCGUAUAGAUUUUUGAAUCCACUUUAAUAUAUUUAACGACUGCACAAUAAAAAUGUAAGUAAAUUAAUAAUAUUUAACUUAUCAGUGCCACUUUAAAUUCUAUUAAGUAAAUUAGUGCGUAUCAAAUGAUCUUAUAAGCAAUUUUUGUACUAUAUAAGCUACGAAGAAAUUUAGUUUUGUAUAUAAAUCCGAUAUUAGAUAUUUCGAUUUCAUUUGCUAGUCCACUAUGAGUGUAAUAAUAUAUACGGAAAUAUAGUUUUUAAGUGUAGAAAUUUUACAUAUUGCCUAUAAUUACAGUACUUUUAAUAUUAUCAUGUUUCACGUAGAUACUUAUCGUUGUUUAUUAAAAAUGUAAUUUCUGUAAUCAAUUGCAAUGUUUACAAUUAUAAUUUAUAUAAUAUUCAUUUAUUUUUUGAUAAUUGACGAUGAAUUGAAUAUAUUGUUUAUAUGUCCACUAUUGUUUUUACAGCAUAAUGUUUUAUUUUUUCAGAAUAAAAUUUAUUCAUAUGC